CCCCGGCGCUCUGGCCGCAGCCAUGCGGGUGGGAACUCUCCGACCGUGGGGGCUUCUCGAGGGGCUCCCGGCGUUGUUCCGUGGUCGCUACGCGGCUCUCCUUCCGGGUGGUACGCGAGGCCUGAGUGGCUCGCCGGUCUCUUGCGGCAAGAACCUACUCAAGAAAUUUGCUUCGAAAACCAAAAAGAAGUUUUGGUAUGAAGGUCCUUCCUUGGGCUCUCACUUGAUUUACAAGCCAUCCCAGUUGGAAUUCCUAAUGAAGAGCACCUCAAAGAAGAUCAGGAGGGACGACCACGUGCGCCUGAGGGCACUGAACGGCCUCCUCUACAAAGCGCUGAUGGAUUUGCUGUGCACCGCUGAAGUGAGCCAAGAGAUCUGUGACCUGAAUGUGCAGCUCUCCAAGGUUUCUCUGACUCCAGACUUCUCCACCUGCCGUGUGUACUGGAAGACCACGAUCUCCGCUGAGCAGAACACGCACACACAGGCCGUCCUGCAGAGGAGUGCUGCACACAUGAGGCACCUUUUGAUGUCCCAGCAGACCCUGAGGAAUGUGCCGCCAAUAGUGUUCAUUCAGGACAAAGGAAAUGCAGCUCUGGCUGAGGUUGAUCAGUUACUGGCCGUUGCCGAUUUUGGACCCCCAGAUGAAAAAGAAGAUUGUGUGCAAGAUGACGUCAGGGGCCCCGGGGCCCUGGAUGCUCCUGAGCCGCGAGGCACCCCGGCCUCUGCCACAUGCUCAAGUCUGUGUGGGAUUGACCACGAGGCGCUCAACAAACAGAUCUUGGAGUACAAGAGGAGGAAAGGGCAAGGGCGUAGGACCGUGAGUCCCGAGGAGGCGCGGCUGACGGCUGAUCUGGCAACGCAAACGAGAGAGGGAAAGGUGGCACCCUGUGCAGAUGGUGACCUCUCCCCCAGGAACCACCUGUUGGUGGCGGCGAGCAGCAACCCCGGCCCUGACCUGGGCAGUGCCUCGGGUGCGGACAGCAGCCUGAGCAGCAGAGCAGGAGGCGGCGAGCGGCAGAGGCAGGAAGGGGGGAGGUGACCGAGGGGUGGGGAGGAGGUGGGUCCUGGGCUCCAGCCGUGUGGUGCAGCCCAACGACACUGGUGGACUGGGAACUUGGGCUGAGAACGGAGAUGGUCGUGGGAAGCAUGUGAAAGCCUUUCACUUGAUGGCAGCAGUCGGUCCUCCUGACUUGGGCACUUGCACACCUUUCUCAGACGUGCACAGACUCUGCCUUAGGAAGGCGGAGCAUCUUUGUCUUGUUUGCACGGGUUUCAGCUCACGCCUGAAACGCCGUCCUCACGGUCUACUUAACAAUGGCCCCAAGUCCAGUUUUCCCCAGGGCAAGACAGCUGUGGUGUGCUGUCAGAAGGAAGUAAAAAAAUCCUUAUUCAAGUCUGA